AUGUAAAACUAAGAACUUUAGUCAGCAAUAGUAGAUUGGAUGAACAAGAUAAGCUUUUUAAAAUAUCAUACAGGUUUUAGAGAAUAUGUGGAUGGUACUAUAUUCAUAUAAAUUUUGAAUCACAUUAAUACAGAUCAUUUUGGAUCUACUUUCCAUGUAAAAUUUAAAUCAAAAUUACCUAGGUCUUAGAGAAUUAAGCUUACACAGAUAAUUGGGCACUUAAUAUGUCUAGAUUGAAAUUAAUAGUUGACAAAUUAACAGAUUAUACACACAAAUAAUUAGAGAUUAAUGUUAUGGAAAUAGCAAAAGAUAGGAAUGAGACUUAAAUUUUAAAACUAUUUGGAGUCAUAUGCUAAGUUUUUAAAUAUUCUACUUCUUUUAGCUAAUUUUAUAGAGCGAUUUCUAAGACGAUUUCUUCGUACCAGUCUUGUAAUUACCAGAAAAAAAACAGGAAUUAAUUUCUUAAUAUUUAUAAACAUUAGUUGAACCAUUUGCAUAAUCUGAAGAUAAAAGUUUAUUAGAUAAAAUAGAUGAGUUAGAAACAGAAAAUCAAAAAUUAGUUCAUUAACACUAAGUUUUGAUGAAUGAAAUUAUUGAAUAAAAGAUGUCAAUCAAAAAAUUGGAAUAGGAAAACAAAGAAAAGACUGAACAUAUUGUCAUGUUGGAAUCACAUGGUAAUACUUUUGUAUUUAUUAUCAAUUUUAGAGAGAAAAUCCUCUUUUAAUGAAGAGAAAAUCAAAGAAUUAGAAGAUUUAAAUAAAUAAUUAUGGUCCAGUUAAUCUAAAACUAGAGAAUUAGAAAUCAAAGUUUAGUCUUAAUAAAGUUUGAUAAAGGAAGCAAAUUUGUUAAAAGAUAAUACUAGAUUGGAAAAUGAAUAAUUGAAACUUAAAAUCAUGCAAUACAUCAAAUAAGAGUAAAAAUAUGAAUAAGCUAAAGAAAAAUUGUCAUAAUAAAAAUUAUAUUAUACUAAACUUAUAGAGGAUAAGGAUAGAUAAUUAAAUAAAUUGUAAACCUCCUUUUAAGAAAUCUUUAAUUCAUUCUAAAAUGAAAAAAAAAGAACUUUAUAAUUAGAAUCCGAUGUUCAAUCACUUUAAUCAAAAAUUAAUGAACUCAAUCAUGAAUUCCAUUAAAAGGAAGCUUGCUUGAAUGAAAAAAUUAGAGAAGCUUCUAGAAGAGAGUCCAGAUUGAAUUCCUUUGAAGCCACUGAUUUGAGACCGGAUUCUAGAAUGAAUACAAAUGAUCAAAUUAAUCUCGCCCAAGAUUUAAACUAAACUAAUGAUUAAUAUUAUGCAUUACAUAUGAGUAUGUUAAUUCAGGAAGAGAAUUAUAAAAAGGAAAUAGAUAUUUUAAAAGAAAAAAUAAAAAACCAAGAUCAAUAGAUAAAGGCUUGGAAAUAACUUAAUGAGAGAUCUGAAGAUAAAAUUAAAUAAUUAGAGUCCAAGACUAUUUUAAUAAAUGAUAACCAAUCUGCUUAACACAUUGCAUAACAAAAUGAAUAAAUCAAGCAUUUAACUAAUAUGCUCAAUUCAUUUAAUGAUAAGUUUAUCAAAAUAAAGGAGGAACACUUGAGACUUUUAAAAACUUGUUAAUGA